UGGCCACGCCCCCUCCGGUGCCCUUUAUCGCGACAGAGGACGCGCGGGGUCGAGCGGAAAAUGCGGGUCCUGCGGGGCGCCCCCCUGUGGCUGCUUCGUUCCUUGGCCCCUCCCCCCACCCCCCCCAGGAGGUUCCUCAACAGAGUCCCUGAGCACCAGAAGCUGUUUCAGGAGGACAAUGGGCUGCCAGUGCAUCUGAAGGGGGGGGCCAAGGACUCAGCCCUGUAUCGAGUCACCACGGUGCUGUGCACGGCUGGUAGCUGCUACGCCCUCUGGGCUCUGCUCCAGGCCUCCAGGCCCAAGAAGAACUGAGGGGGGGGCUCCCCCUGACCCCCCCACCCAGGAAGUGACGUCAUCACCCCCCCCACGACCCCCCCCCAAAAAUAAAAGGCUCAGCCAAUGGGAA